AUGUUCUCUCUUUCAAAGUUUGUUGCCAUCUCCUCAUGCCUUUUUUUUAUUAUUUCUUUCUUUAACAGCACAACUACUGAUAAAAAUGGAAUUAACCAGUUUGAACAGGCUUCAAAAUGCAAGGAAAUUCAGGACAAUAUUUUGUCGUCACUGAUCAAUAAAAAAAGAUAUUCAGAAGAUUAUUUUCUUUACAUGGUCACAAAACUGCAAAACUGCACUUGGAUAAAGAGACUGGAAGAGUGUGUAAAAUUCAGGUCAGAAUUAGCUUCCUGCUGUGAUGCAGUUCACAAUUUUGUUGCUUCUCAAAACAACACCCCGCUGGGAAGUAACAUGAGUUAUGAGGUGGACAAUAAAAAGACCAUCCGCAUCACAGAGGACAUUUUUAGGAUGCUGCCUAUGUCCUCUCCACUUUCAGCCUAUCCCUUCAAGAACUGUGCAGUGGUUGGAAAUGGAGGAAUUCUCAAGAACUCCAGCUGUGGAGCUGAAAUCGAUCGUUCCGACUUUGUGUUUAGGUGUAACCUCCCUCCAACYACAGGAAACUUUAGCAAAGACGUUGGCAAUAAAACAAACCUUGUGACUGUUAAYCCAAGUAUCAUAGCUCAGAAAUACAACAAACUCAAAGAAAAGAAGACAAAAUUUCUGGAGAACAUUGCAGUCUAUGGAGAUGCUUUCCUUUUGUUGCCAGCAUUUUCCUUCAGAAGCAACACAGCCACUUCUUUUAAAGUAUAUCAAACUCUGAAGGAGUUYAAAGCAACACAGAGGGCAAUAUUUUUUCACCCCACUUACCUGAAAAGUCUUGCCCAGUUCUGGAGAACUAAGGGAGUGAAAGCCUACCGACUCUCGUCUGGUUUUAUGAUCAUGAGUGCUGCUCUUGAGCUSUGUGAGAAUGUGAAGGUCUAUGGCUUCUGGCCUUUCUCCAAAUCCACAGAGAAGAUGCCCAUUAGCCACCACUAUUACGACAACCAGCUGCCUAAACCGGGCUUUCACGCGAUGCCCAAAGAAUACAACCAGAUCCUUCAGCUUCAUGGCAAGGGCAUUUUGAAGUUGCAGUUUGGUAAAUGUGAAUCAGAAUAAAAAGGGUGACGAUUGGAAGGAGAGAAUUUGAGAUUUGAAUCCCAGCUGUUUGGCGUUGAGUUUGAUCCGAUGUGAUUUUUUGAGCGUUAAACUGCAUUAUCAUGACAGAGGAAUAUUUUACAUUUGGGAAGAAAAUGAGAUGAUUUUUGACAUAGUGAUUGCUACAUUUCGGAAUCUUGACUGAUCUUUUUUUUUAAUGAAAAAUAACAUAUAUUUGGGAAAUUUUAAAACUCCUGACUAUUGGUUUAAUCAUAGCAAAGCACAAUCUCAAGAUGGUGGCAAUAGGUGACAUUCAUUAUGUUUUACUUCUUAAAUUAUAAUCUUUUGUUUACAAUAUUUUGACAUAAAAUCUCUAUUUUUGUUAACAUCAUGUAAUACAGGCAAGAGUCACUUACGUGGUAGCUGUAUAAGCCAGGAGUGAACGUUUUCAGUUAAAUUCUUGAUCUAUAACCACUAAGGUUUGCCUGCAUGAGAAAGGUGGUGAAAGACCUAUAGCCGAGUGAUUAACUCAGAGCUAAAUCAUUUUUUAGUUUGUCUCGGGGGACAUUGAUGAAAAAAUCCCCCAGGUUAGUGAAAUAUUUUAUGUACUCUAAGUUGAUGGCAAAUAGAUAACACUGUGGAUUUAAAUGGGAUCACUCAUGUUUAUUUUGUGACCAAGUGUUGCCAGGAGCAGGGUUUAUUUUUAAACCCUUUUUAUUGGCUGUGUUGCUGUCUAAGGUCCAGGUGAGCUCCAAGGGAGAACACUGAGAGUCACUUUAU